AUGUCUGGACUGAAUCCGGGUGCCUUUGAGUUUGUUCCUGGACAAGCAUUCCGGUUUAGGGCACCUCAGCAGCCCGCAACCCCUUCUGCGCCGGCUCAACCAGGGCAGCCUCCAGCGCCCAUCGAGCGACCAGAGCCCACCGAGCCUCCACGACCAGCUCCUUCCAUCAGCAUAAGCAUUGGUGGUCCCAAGCCACCUGCUGCCCCGGCCCCAGCCCCAGCUGCUGACCAAGACCACAAACCUGCCCCCGAGUCCAAGCCAGCCCCACCCGCCAAACAGAAAGAUGCCCCUGCUGCUGCCCGCCCAAAGGACAAAUUCAAUUUUACCGCCGACAAGUCCAAGACCACCGUCGAGGCAGUCGUACAGGAACAGCAGAACCUCGUGGACGAGGAGACCCUCAACGACCUCUAUGGCGACAACACCAUCGAUCCGAAUGUGAAGCAACACUUGAAUGUCGUGUUCAUCGGCCAUGUAGACGCCGGCAAGUCCACUAUGGGUGGCCAGCUGCUAUUCCUUUCCGGCAUGGUUGACAAACGAACCAUGGAGAAAUAUGAAAGAGAGGCAAAGGAGGCUGGUCGUGAGAGUUGGUACCUCAGUUGGGCACUAGAUUCGACCCCACAAGAACGAUCCAAAGGCAAAACCGUAGAGGUCGGACGAGCCUAUUUCGAGACCGAUGCCAGGCGAUACACAAUCCUCGAUGCACCAGGACACAAGACUUUCGUACCCUCUAUGAUAUCCGGUGCUGCCCAAGCAGACGUAGCCAUCUUGGUCAUAUCCGCCCGCAAGGGAGAGUUCGAGACUGGCUUCGAGAGGGGCGGACAAACUCGGGAACAUAUCAUGCUCGUCAAGACCGCCGGUGUCACCAAGCUCGUAGUAGUUAUCAACAAGAUGGACGAGUCGACCGUGGAGUGGUCCGAAGAACGGUACAAGGAAAUCAAGGACAAGAUCACACCCUUCAUCAAAGCAUCCGGCUUCAAUCCCAAGACUGACGUUACCUUUGUCCCUGUGUCUGCGUACACGGGUGCCAACAUGAAGGAGGCGGUGUCUAAAUCCGUUUGCCCAUGGUACAGCGGACCACCCCUUCUAGGGCUGCUCGAUACCAUGCCCAUGGUCGAUCGUAAAAUCAACGGACCCGUCAUGAUGCCCAUUUCAGAAAAGUAUAAAGACAUGGGUACAAUUGUAGUCGGAAAGCUCGAGAGCGGACGAAUUCACAAGAACGAUGCUCUGUUGCUCAUGCCUAACAAGACAAACGUCGACGUUGCUGCAAUCUACAACGAGAUGGAAGAAGAAAUCAACUUUGCCUAUUCCGGGGACAACGUCCGUCUCAGGAUUCGAGGAAUCGACGACGAAGACAUUACUCCCGGUUUCGUGCUGACGUCGAUCGGAAGGCCCGUUCACGCUACCACCCAAUUCGAGGCUGAGCUUGUCAUCCUCGAGCACAAGAACAUCAUUUGCGCUGGUUAUAGCGCCGUGAUGCAUGUCCACACCCUCUCGGAAGAAGUCAGCCUGGUGGCCCUGCUUCACUACUUUGAUAAAAAGACCAACCGCAAAUCCAAGAAGCCUCCUCAGUUCGCCAAGAAGGGCCAAAAGAUCAUCGCCUUGAUUGAAACUACAGCCGCCGUUUGCGUCGAGCCAUUCAAAUUGUACCCUCAACUCGGCCGAUUCACUCUACGUGAUGAGGGUAAAACCAUUGCCAUCGGAAAGGUCGUAAAGCUCCGCGAAUCAGUCGACAGCGCUGCCGACGGAGUCGCGGGUCUGUCCGUCGCUGCCUAA